UGUGUACACGCCGACGCACACAAGCCAGAUCGUCUACUAUCUUGUUACUAAUUUGACUGACUUUCAUUGGAUAAAGGAUCGAUUAUUAGGGGAAAUAAAGUCCUAAAAUUUCGAUCUUCUCCUCCUCCUGUAGUUGCAGUGUCUGGAAAAUACCUGAAAGCUUUUACUUUUCUGGAAAAAUUUCAGUUUCAAAUUUUCUGGAAACAUAAUAGCAAUCCCGGAGCAAUCCAAAGUCCUAACCCUUCAUCCCGUUUCGCAAUGCAACCCCAAACCUUAAACCUACCUCCAGCUCUCACUCUAUUCCCCACCCUCAGACCCCCUCACAAAACCCUCACUUUCCACAAAUUUCUUGUCCUAAUCAUCACAUUCUUAGCCUACGCUUCCUUCCACGCCUCCCGGAAGCCCCCAAGCAUCGUCAAGAGCGUGCUUGGUCCCAAACUUGAACAAAAUUCGACCCAUAUCGGUCACGAUUCGGGUUGGCCUCCGUUUGAUGGCCCCCAAGGUACCCACCGUCUUGGCGAGCUUGACCUCGCGUUCCUAUCGUCCUACUCGAUUGGAAUGUACCUCGCUGGUCACGUUGGUGAUCGGAUCGAUCUGAGGCUGUUCCUUGUGUUUGGGAUGGUGGGUAGUGGAGCCUUCACCAUAUUCUUCGGGUUAGGAUAUUGGUUGGAUCUGCAUUGGUUGGGGUUCUUUUUGUUGGUCCAAGUUCUGUGCGGGUUGUUUCAGUCAAUUGGGUGGCCCUGUGUGGUGGCAGUGGUCGGGAAUUGGUUUGGGAAAGACAAGAGGGGGUUGAUAAUGGGGGUAUGGAACUCGCAUACCUCGGUUGGGAACAUCAUUGGUUCCGUUGUGGCAUCAGGGGUGCUGGAAUUCGGGUGGGGUUGGUCCUUUGUGUUGCCAGGUGUGCUGGUGAUUGUGGUUGGGAUUGUCGUUUAUGUGUUUCUUGUUACGAGUCCUGAGGACUUGGGGUUGGAGUCUCCUGGAAUGGAGAUCGAGAUGAAUGUUGAGGUGGGGCCAGAGAGGGUGGAGUCGGAGGAAGCGGGGCUUCUUGGGAGUAGUGAGAGUUCUGAUACCUUGGCUGCAAUUGGGUUCUUGGAGGCGUGGAGGCUACCGGGCGUUGCACCAUUUGCAUUUUGCCUAUUCUUCUCGAAGCUGGUUGCUUACACUUUUCUGUAUUGGUUGCCCUUCUACAUAAGGCACACAGCUGUUGCUGGUGUGCAUUUGUCACAUAAAACUUCUGGGAUCCUCUCGACAAUUUUCGACAUUGGAGGGGUCUUUGGUGGAAUUUUGGCAGGAUUUGUAUCUGAUGUGAUUGAUGCUCGGGCAGUUACUUCAAUUGUGUUCUUGUUACUGUCAAUUCCAGCCCUUGUUCUCUACAGGCUAUAUGGAAGCGUCUCCAUGUUUGCAAACAUUGGGUUGAUGUUAUUGUCUGGAUUGCUUGUUAAUGGCCCGUACUCACUUAUCACAACCGCUGUUGCAGCUGAUCUAGGCACCCAGAGCAUGGUUAGUGGGAAUUCUCGUGCAUUGGCUACUGUUACUGCUAUUAUAGAUGGUACUGGUUCCGUUGGGGCAGCUCUUGGUCCAUUAUUGGCUGGGUAUAUAUCCUCUAGAGGAUGGAACAGUGUCUUUUUUAUGCUUAUUGUUUCUGUUUUCUUUGCAAGUUUGUUCUUGAUUCGUGUUGCAAGAAGUGAGAUUAGAGAGAGAUUGAAUGCGGGAAAGUGAGUUUGGAAUAUCAGAGCUCCCAUUAGUGAGAAGUUCCUCUGGCAUCACGCAUUGUGUUUUUCCCCGCCUGAGUUGGAGGGAAGUAUCUCACGGGAAACAAUACAUUGAUAGGGAAGUUACAGGAAUAGGAGUCAUCAUACAUGUAUGCUUUUGUUGUAUCUCAUUCUUUUUUGUAGAUGGUCUUCAUACACAGAAGAACUACUUUUGUUUUUAUAUAUAUACAAGUAAUACACAGUAGAACUAGAUUAUUUGUACACCCCCAAGUAUCUAAGGUUGUGACCACGGUCUUCCUCCGCCAUAAGUGAGGGUUUUUCAAUAAAAUUCGAGUACCGUCCUCUUCUUAAAAA